AUGCCUGCGAGGUCGAGCUUACUCGACACGAGGACGGCCAAUCCUCACUACGCGGCAUUGGCUCAAGUGCGGGAGCACCUCGCACCAACACUGCAGAGAGUCAAGGGGAGCUCGCACGGCCUAGCGGUUGAUGACCGUGCGCUGAAGGAGGCAAAGGAUCAGGUGGCGAAGACAAGAGCGGAGCUAGUCGCGAAAGGUCUCGACGAGGACAUGUACACGGCAGCCUUUAUGCAGGGGACACACCCAGAAGACGGCGGAGGCACCGGCACACCGUUCAUCACGCUAGGUGACGGCAACUGCCUGUUGAACGCGGUUGCGCUGCAGUAUGUGAGGGCGGAGGGGCGGGCGGCUCACGUCCUCCCGCUCGAAGUUGUCGACGAGAGGUAUGCUGACAUCCGUAAAUGGACAGCGGCUGGCGUCGCUCCGACGGACAUCUUCAAACUGCUCGAAAUGGAUCACGACGGCAAGAUCUUGGACAAAGUUUGGAAAAGGAAGGAGAGGAGGGCGACUUUGUCGAAAGUCGAAGCUGCGCUGGCCAAUGAUGGCAACCCACGUCCUGAUGGCGGGGAGGACCCUUUUCCAAAGUGUGUCGUCUCCCUCCAAUUUCCGACUCCUUUCAAGGUGUACAACGCCAUCCACAAGGUUCAAGACGAGUUGUACUCCACGCCCGAGGACGGCGCCGAUUUCCUGGCGAAGUUGGGAGCAGAACCGGGGAUGUUCGUCAAGCGCACUUUCGACGAUCUGGGGAGGAUCGUGAAUGUGUUCUGGGCCACCGUGGACCAACAGGAGAAGAUGUCGAGGUUCGGCGGCUGUGUCCAGAUGGAUACAACCGUGUUUACGAAUAGGUUGAACAUCUCGUUCGGAGGGUGGUGGGGACACACUCUCUUCCGACCCCUGUAUCAAGGAGGUCCUUCGCGUGAUCCGGUCUAUGCCGUGUUCACAACCUAUUCAACUGCGGACUACCUGCCGACCUUCGCGGAUGCAGCCGGUUUGGUGCAACAAGUGGGCAUGAGUGGAUUGCCAACUCUGAACCACUUCGUGGCGAUGUCCCCUGACAGGGCAGUAGACAUGAACGCCCUCGCCGUGCAGCGGUUCGAGGACAGGCUACGGAGCGCGACGGACACCUACCGGGGGGCUGUUUCUGUGCUCAACGUAGCAACGCAGAAACCGGACCAGGAGGAUGCUCUCCUCCGUGACAUGAAUGCCGAGGUGAAGAAGGAGGGGUUGGGUGACGGGGAGAGGGGUGGAAGGGCGGGGGAUUCUCGCGACAAAGGGCGCAGCGGGGGUAAGCUCUCCCGCGGCGACCUCAACGAGGACAAGGGUGGUGACGGGGACGGGUUAGGGGGGAGCGUCGAGCCGCAAGAGGGAAGUGGAGAUGGACCGGACCGAACGGAGGGGGGGGGGCGUGGAGGAACGGACGGUAAGGGUGGGAACGAGACUGCGGGGGGGGGCAAGCCGCAGGCGGCUAAGGCGGCCAAGGACGGCCUUUCGUCGGGCGGUCUCGCAGAGAAUAGUGAGGACGCGAAGCUGCAGACCCGGCUCCUACGCAGGAAAGCUCACGGGUUAAAAAAACUCGCUGCGACUCGGGAGGCACGGGGGGACUUUGGAAUAGGUGUGGGUACUCGCCUUUACACGGGAUCAUGGGCCGUUCGCCCCGAUUGGGGGACAGUCAUGAGGGAGAACCCCGACGAAGAAGGGAAUGUAGUGUCGUAUGACGUCCUCAUGGACGCAGACCCUCGCGAGUCAACCAUGAGCGUCGACAAUGUGAAGAUGGACGUAGAACAUGCGAGGAAGGAAGUGAAAAGCAGUGCGCGGGAAGGCAGGGGGGCGGGCGGGCGGGACGGGGACAAUAAGAACGAGACAUCGGGUUCCGAGGUGGGGUCAGGAUCCGACGAGGGUGGGAAGGGCAGCCAAUCAGGCGGGCGGAGACGGUCAGGGCCUGAGAAGGCGGAAGCGAAGGGGAGCGGGUUAGAGGGCGCGCGUAAAUCCGGCGACAGGGAUUCGGGCGAGUUGUCGUACGAAGGAGGCCGGGACAAGAAGAGCAAAGAAGCGACGGAUGAUCCGGAUGAAGACGGAGGUUCGGACGGCUUCUCCUCCCAUGACGACGAAGACGAGCAAAGCGACACCAACAAGGGCCGGAAACCCGGCAGCGGAAAGAGGACGGGGCAGGACGCGCACGAUGACACGGACGAAGAUACGGACGAGGAAACGGGCCGGUGGGGUGGCGGGGAUUGCGGCGGCAUAGCGAGAGUCGGUCGCUCGUUCGACCUCAAGGAGACGCCGUGGGAAACGUGGGAAUACGCUUUCUCCACGCUUAUCGGGGAAUUGAACGAAGCAGGCCAUCUAACCGUGCAGAAGAGGAGACGCAAGCAGACGACCGACAAGAGCAGACACAACCUAUGCGAGAUUGUCUGCAGACACUCCGGGGAGGCGCGGGUGCGCCCAGCAACUCGUGAGGGGCGGAAGAGGAGGAACUGCAAACGAAGGAGUGCUGUUAUUGGGUGCCCUUUCAAGAUCACCAUGACGUGGCGAGUCGGGGCUACCAACCCCACCAUAACCUCGUCCUACUGCGGGCACAACCACGAUCCCCGGGGGGCCGUUUCAAGAGCUCAGGCUCACGUCCUCCCGCUCGAAGUUGUCGACGAGAGGUAUGCUGACAUCCGUAAAUGGACAGCGGCUGGCGUCGCUCCGACGGACAUCUUCAAACUGCUCGAAAUGGAUCACGACGGCAAGAUCUUGGACAAAGUUGGGAAAAGAAAGGUGUACAACGCCAUCCACAAGGUUCAAGACGAGUUGUACUCCACGCCCGAGGACGGCGCCGAUUUCCUGGCGAAGUUGGGAGCAGAACCGGGGAUGUUCGUCAAGCGCACUUUCGACGAUUUGGGGAGGAUCGUGAAUGUGUUCUGGGCCACCGUGGACCAACAGGAGAAGAUGUCGAGGUUCGGCGGCUGUGUCCAGAUGGAUACAACCGUGUUUACGAAUAGGUACGUCUGGGAUAAUGUCACCGUUCCAGAACGCUCCGUCCCGUCCUAGCCAGCUUCUUUGCUUCGGUAUCCCCUUCCCCCCUCCUCCAUUUUCAUUUUUUACUGACCAUUGUUGUAGUAUUUCGGGUCUUCAACUUUAGGUGUGCAGUGCGGCAGGUGCCUAACACUGUGAGCGGGAACUUGGGGUCUUCUAUUUGUCUUCUUCGUCUGAAUGAUCUCUUAAUAUCCUCCCUCAGAUGCUGUCCCAGCACCGGAGUGGGUUCAAUCAAGCCUCUGCGGGGAAUCCGCAGAUGGGAUAGAUACGUGCCUAGGGAUACUCAACUGCCGUUUCAUGCCCUACAAACCGGCUACCUCCAAUACCAUUACACUAUGCGUCGUCCUG